ACGACCACUCAUGCCUCUCGCUCGCACGCACUUUCCUAAUACUUUUCACCCAGACAACGUUUUGCCGCGCAAGUAAACUAAAGUGAAAUUUGUUUUUAUCAAUAACAAUAGUGUUCGUAUUUAUUGACUUUAAGGAACCUCUUAAGACAUGUUCCCACGGACAUCAUAAAUAAUGCUUAAUCGAGCGCGAUGGUUAAUGAUCGCUAUAUCGGCGGUAUUGACGCUGCAGUCAAGAGGAGAAGGUGGCAUACGGCUGCCUGACCAACCGCCCAAAGAAGAGACUGAAGGAAGAUCUUUAAAUUUUGUUAAUGAUGGAGACAGGGGCAGAUCGCCACAGGCUCAGGGUCGUGGUCUUUUAGACUGGAUAGGUCUAGGAGAGGACCAGGAUCCAUAUAUCCAACAAGCAACCCAACAAUGCAUCAGUGGAGAUCUGGCAGAUUGUUUUAAAGCACAAGCUCUGAGAUCCUUUGACGACUUCUUUGAUAAACAGGCCUACGAACUAUCAGAGAACGCAAUCUUAAGAAGAGUGGAAUCCCAAGCAAGAGCUUUAGCUCAUGAACCUCCUCAACUCGGUUCUCAGGCACGUAGUGAUGAUUCUGACUGGGAUGGCCUAGUGAAAUAUGGAUUGAGAAAGAUUGAGAGAUUUUUACGAUCAACCGCUAUGGAACUGCAGUUAGAUGACGAUGUGACCUCCAACGGCGUAAUAGCGCCAAGGUUCCUCGACGAAAUUGCUGAUGAAGUCGACAUAAUCGAGGACAAAAAGGCACCACCAUUCCGUCGCCACAAACUCAAGAAACUCAUCAUUCCUAUGUUGUUGAUACUCAAACUUUUCAAACUGAAACUUCUUUUAUUCCUGCCUCUUAUCCUCGGACUCGCUAGCUUCAAAAAAUUCUUAGGAUUCAUGGCCCUUAUCGUUCCAGGUGUUAUUGGCUAUUUCAAGUUCUGCAAACCUAAUUUAUCAUCCCCGUUCUCGCCAAACCACUACAACGGUCCUCAGUACUCACCAGCCGGCAUCGGUUUAAGUCCGUACAGAGAAACACACGGACCCGCACAAUAUGGGUCACAUUACGAAGGCUAUGCGGGUUCGCAUUAUAAUAAAUACGGUUCAAAUGGAGUCGCCUUCAGGGAACAUGACGUCACUCCCCAGGAUCUAGCAUACCAGGGAUGGGAGUAUAGAAACAAGAAUGGCGCUGACAUCAAAGCUGAAGAGGCCUAAGACUGAUUUAAAGAAAUAACAAAUACAACUAAAUUUAUUUAACUUAAAAGUUUUAAAGUUGAAUCGUUUGAAAUCUUUUUGAUUUAUAUACAUAUUAUAUGUUUUGUUACAAUCUAGAACUUUCUUUGAUAAUUUUUUAUAAUCGUUCAAAUGUUAUGCA